AUGGCGGCGGCGAGAGGAGGCGCCGGCGAGCCGCCCCGGCCGCAGCCGCAGAGCCGGGGAGCGACGGUGGUGGUGGCGGCGCGGGCCGCGCCCAGGGAGAUCCCCAGGGCGGCCGCCGCGUGGGCGCUGGCGCACGUCGCGCGGCACGGCGACACCGUCCUCCUCCUCGUCCUCAUGCCGCCGCCGCCGCCCGCCGUCUCCGGCAAAAGGCCCUGGGGCUUCCCGUUCUUCGCGGGGGGCUGCGCCACCGGCCACGCGGCGGCGCCCGUGCAGAGGUCGGACGUCUCCGAGCUGUGCACGCAGAUGACGCUGAGGCUGCGCGACCUCUAUGACCCGACCAAGGUAGAUGUGAAGGUCAGGGUCGUCCACACCACGCCCUCCGGCGGCGUGGUGGCCGCCGAGUCGAAGGGAGCGCAGGCGAGCUGGGUCGUGCUGGACAGGGACCUGAAGCUUGAGGAGAGACACUGCAUGCAGGACCUCCAAUGCAACAUCGUCUUCAUGAGGCGCUCCCGGCCCAAAGUUGUCCGGCUCAACCUGGCGGAGAAACAGCUGGAGGAACCAGCUCCGCCGCCGCCUCCGCAGCCCGAGCCGAGCGGUUCCGAUGGUGGCGGAGUUGCAGGUGGUGUAGAAGAGGGGGAGACGGUCUCAAUCCGAGGCCCCGAGGUGACGCCGAGCUGCAGCACAGAGUCAGAAACACCAUGUGAUAGUACUGACGUCGGGGCGUCGUCUGUGUCAAGCUCGGACCCUGGUGCUUCUCCAUUGUGUGGUUCUGAAACAGAUGCCUCUCUGAAGAAAGAAUUGACCGAGGAUAUGGGAGCUGCCUCUGUCUCAAGCUCGGACCAUGGCACUUAUCCAUUUUCUGCUUCUGAAGCAAUUAGCUCUGCAGCAGCUUCAUUGCUUCAACCAUGGAUGGCUGACAUUCUGCAGAGACCUGCAUCCUCCAAAGUACUAACACCAAACCGACCUAGGGCUAGAAGAACUCCCACGGCGGAUGCUUUGCUCGAGAAGAUCUCCAAGCUGGACCUGCUGACUGAGAUCAGCGCAGUUAGGAGCAGGUCUGACUUGAACUUCAGAGGAAACGUGAGAGACGUCGUGUCCUUGUCGAGGAGCGCGCCGCCCGGGCCACCGCCUUUGUGCUCCGUAUGUCAGCACAAGACACCUGUGUUUGGGAAACCACCACGGUGGUUCAGCUAUGGGGAGCUAGAGUAUGCAACUGGUGGCUUCUCCAGAGCAAACUUCUUGGCUGAGGGUGGGUUUGGGUCCGUCCACAGAGGGGUGCUUCCUGAUGGCCAAGCGAUUGCUGUUAAGCAGUACAAACUUGCGAGCUCCCAAGGUGAUGUCGAGUUUUGCUCGGAGGUAGAGGUUCUGAGCUGUGCACAGCACCGGAAUGUUGUAAUGCUCAUUGGGUUUUGUGUCGAAGACAAGAGACGGUUGUUGGUUUACGAGUACAUUUGCAACAGAUCAUUGGAUACACAUCUCUAUGGUCGUAACAGAGAGACGUUGGGGUGGGCUGCCAGACAAAAGAUUGCAGUUGGAGCAGCCAGAGGGCUGCGGUACCUCCAUGAAGAAUGCAGGGUUGGUUGCAUAAUUCAUCGUGAUAUGAGACCAAACAACAUCCUUGUCACACAUGAUUUUGAGCCACUGGUUGGCGAUUUUGGCUUGGCUAGAUGGCAACCUGAUGGAGACAUGGGUGUCGAAACAAGAGUCAUCGGCACAUUCGGUUAUCUGGCACCUGAAUAUGCCCAGAGCGGGCAAAUAACUGAGAAGGCUGAUGUCUACUCAUUUGGGGUUGUUCUAGUGGAACUUGUCACUGGGCGCAAGGCUGUCGAUAUUAACAGACCGAAGGGCCAGCAGUUCCUAACUGAAUGGGCCCGGCCUCUACUGGAAGACCACGCACUCGACAACCUCAUCGACCCGCGCCUCGAGGACCGCUUCUGCGAAAACGAGGUCUACUGCAUGCUGCACGCGGCGAACCUGUGCAUAAGGCGCGACCCUCACUCGAGGCCGCGCAUGUCCCAUGUCCUCCGCAUACUGGAGGGCGACAUGGUGGAGUCCGGCUGCAUCUCCGCCACGAGCAGCGUCGCCGGGAGCAUGAGCCGGCGGAUGAUGAGUGACCGGCAGCACUAUCAGGAGCAGAGCAGCCCGGUUCAGCCGAAGGAUGUCAGCGAGGUGAACCGCUCUUAUGAGACCCUGAGGAGUGCCUGGGAUUCAGACAGGCAAGAGCUGUCUGACAGGUUCUGGUAUCCUUCAGCUGCAGAUUGCAGCCGGCCAAGAUGA